UACAUUAGAGAAUACGAUUGUAAUCUCUUCGUAAUCUGAAGACAGACGCUAAAUCCCUCUAUUUAAAUUGCUUUAAACCUAUUAAUAGCCUUGCUCUCAGAUGAGAGCAUCAUAGCCGACAAAACAUCGCAAUAUUCCUCGAUUAGAGUGAGGUAACUCCCAAGGCGAACGGUAUUCGGUCCGUCCACCUAUGGUCUGGCAGGUUUUUGACCAAGGCUACGGAUAAAAUGUGGGAUGAAGUUGCUCGGUCUGCGCCGGUUAAGUAUGGCGCUGUCAUAGCGGUCACAGUGAUCUGCGUUGUUCUGUUGAGGAAAUGGAUUGCUGGGGGUGUGUGUCAAUCUUCAGUCCAAUUACGUGGCAAGACGGUGUUGGUCACCGGUGCCAACACCGGCAUUGGCAAGGAAACGUGCCAUGACAUGGCACGUAGAGGGGCGCGGGUGGUGAUGGCAUGCCGGGACCUGACACGGGCUGCGAGGGCGGCGGAUGAGAUUCGUCAGGCCACAGGGAACAGCAACAUCGUAGUGCGGCACCUGGACCUGGCCUCUAUGUACUCUGUCAGAGAGUUGGCCAAAGAGUUCAUUGCCAGUGAGGAUCGCCUAGAUAUACUCAUCAACAACGCUGGUGUGAUGAUGUGCCCUAAGUGGCUAACAGAGGACGGCUUCGAGACACAACUGGCUGUCAAUCACCUCGGACACUUUCUACUGACCAAUCUCCUUCUGGGGAAGCUCAAGAGCUCCGCCCCGAGCCGUGUGGUCAAUGUGUCUAGCAUUGCCCACAAAGGGGGUAAGAUCCAGUUUGAUGAUCUUUUCUUUGCCAAGAGGCCAUACAACUCCCUGGUCAGUUACAGGCAGAGCAAACUGGCCAACGUGCUAUUCUCCAGAGAGCUGGCCAGAAGACUGAAAGGUACGGGGGUGACGUCCUACAGCCUGCAUCCCGGGGUGAUCAGGACAGAGCUGACUCGUCACGUGGAGACCUGGUUCCCCAUGCUGAGGGCCAUCCUGUCAGCCCCCUCCGUGCUCCUCAUGAAGACCCCCACCCAGGGUGCCCAGACCUCCAUCUACUGUGCUGUCACCCCAGGACUGGAGCAGAAGUCUGGCAGCUACUUCAGUGACUGUGCCAUGACGGAGACCGCCCCAGGGGGGAGGGAUGAUGCGGUGGCCAAGAGGCUUUGGAAGGAGAGUGCCCGUCUGGUGGGUUACAUAGAGAAAGACUGAACAACCCCCUCCAUCUGAAAACUAUAGAGAAAGACUGAACAACCCCCUCCAUCUGAAAACUAUAGAGAAAGACUGAACAACCCCCUCCAUCUGAAAACUAUAGAGAAAGACUGAACAACCCCCUCCAU